UGUUACCUAGUGGAAUCACAGGAAGGAUGACGUCACGGACACGUCAGAAGCGGCUGGGGAUUCAGCAGGGGCGUCAAGUGUGCUGAGAGCAAAUAAAGGACCCCCCCACCCCGCCUUUAUAACACAGUUAUUGCGGUUAAAUAAUUUCACACUGUGUAUUUGAUUUGGGCUCUCUUUUUUAAUGACGUGUUUUCUCAAUGAAACAUCGCCCAUGCAUUUGCUCUAAAUCGCUGUAACCCCUGACAGACACCGAUGAUGACACAUUGUUUUUCUUCCUUGCAAUGGAGUGAUUUUUGCGUUUCAUUUUCAUUUCAGGUUAGACAUCUUUGCAGCGCGUGCAUAUUAAAAUACACUAUUUCUUAAGGUGUGUUUGAUUUUUGCAGAGACACAACCCUUGAUUUCUUUGAAUUAUAUAUAUAUAUAUAUAUAUAUAUAUAAAAGCUAUUUUGCAUUUCAACCGUUAUUCCACUAAAAGAAGGGAAAAGUAACAGCUCAUUGAACACACAUUGACUUAUAGCUGGCAGCACCAAAGAUGACAAGUGAUUCUGAACCCAACCAAGAGUCUGAUCUCAAAUCGUCGGAUUCUGCGGUGUGGUUCCACAGCUACUUGCAUGGAGGAACCUCCAGCCUAUUCUCCACCAUGACCACCAUCGUCACAUUCCCAUUUUACAAGACUGUAUUCCGGCAACAGCUGCACAGCACCUUAGUACGGCAAGCAGUGGCCCAGUUACUCAAAGAAGGGCCACUGAAACUGUACCGUGGUGUGGCUCCACCACUGCUGAUGAGGACCCUUAAUGGAACUGUGUUGUUCGGCCUUCAGGAUACCUUCUUACAAAAGCUCUCCCUCUGUCUCGUACACCCUCUUCCCGGGAGUGUCCUCCCAGCUUUGGCCGGUUUAGGUGCAGGUGUGGUGGAAGCUUUGUUUUUCACCCCUUUCGAACGUGUGCAAAAUGUGCUGCAAAACAGCAAGAAUGACAGCAGCCUUCCUACUUUAAAAAGUAUUUUACUCAAACUAAGUUCGAGACCUUUAGCAUCAGGGUACUACAAUGCAUUGCUGCCCAUACUCGUCCGGAAUGCCUUAGGAAACAGCCUCUAUUUUGGCCUAAAAGACCCCAUGUCUAAUACUCUUGGGGCUUGUGGCUUUCCCCCCGUUGCGUCCUCCUUUAUGUCAGGUGUUAUAAACUCAAUGGUCAUUAGUCUACCUCUCUACCCUCUCUCUGUACUGGUGGCCAACAUGCAGGCACAAAUAGAUGGUGAAGGCAGGGGAGUAAAAAGCAGUUGGCAGCAGCUCUGGGUGGCCCGUCAGCGCAGCCUGGUUCUUCUAUACCGUGGAGGUUUCUUGGUGAUCUUCCGCUCUUGCAUCACCUGGGGCAUCACCACUGCCGUAUACGACCAGCUGGAGAGACACUCGAGAUGAUAGUCAGUGCCAGAUACCUCAUUUUUUCAUCUUCUCAGGUUAAUAGUCGAUCAAUAUUAGAAGUAUUCCUUGUUUUACACAAUCAGCUUCUCAGGUCAAUACUCUUUUGCACCAAACUGUAUUUGAUAGCUGAAGAUUUUCAUUUUGCAAUGAUGUCAAAUAUCACAGUAUGCUUGAAGUAUUAAUCGAUGUGAUGCACAUAAUGAGGCACGAAUUAAUAAGUACUGUAUGUACUGUAUAAGCGAUGUUAAGGAAUG